AUGUCCCUUCCCCCCCAGGUCGCACCUCCCUUCCCCCCAAGGUCGCACCUCCCUUCCCCCCCAGGUCGCACCUCCCUUCCCCCCCAGGUCGCACCUCCCUUCCCCCCCAGGUCGCACCUCCCUUCCCCCCCAGGUCGCACCUCCCUUCCCCACCAGGUCGCACCUCCCUUCCCCCCCAGGUCGCACCUCCCUUCCCCCCCAGGUCGCACCUCCCUUCCCCCCCCAGGUCGCACCUCCCUUCCCCCCAGGUCGCACCUCCCUUCCCCCCCAGGUCGCACCUCCCUUCCCCCCAAGGUCGCACCUCCCUUCCCCCCCAGGUCGCCCCUCCCUUCCCCCCCAGGUCGCACAUCCCUUCCCCUCCAGGUCGCACCUCCCUUCCCCUCUUUCUACCUCCUCCCUUCCCUCUCCCCCUUCUUUCCCUCAUGUCCCCUCCUCCUUCCCCCCAUUUCCCCCCUCCAACCCCUCAUUACCAUCCCUCCUUCCCCUCGUUUCACCCUUUUCUUCCGCAGUUCCCCACUACUUUCUCUCCUGGUUUCCCCCCUACGCCCUUCCGCCACCCGCGCCUGCAGCCGCGUGACCGACACGGAACCGGCAGCUGCGCGUUUGACGAGGUGCCGGGAUGCGCACAUUCACAUGCCAGCGCCUUUCAGCAUCCCUCCCAACCUCUUCCUCUCCUCCCAUUCCUCUCUGUCCUCCAAUAGUGCUAUCGGAGCUGCGGAGCUGCCUUCCUUUAGGGCAUGGGCGGGGAUGCAGGCAGGAGUGGCCUCUCCACUCGCCCUGCCUCCACACGCACUGCACAGCCUCUCCUCCUUCCUACCUGUUUGGGCUUGA